UUUUCUGUGCUCUCACACAGACAGUACUGUGUUGUGCAGUGAGUAUGUGAAAUACAGCUGACCCCGGGCAGAUCGAGACGUUACGGUGUGUGUCGAGCCGUGCCUUCCUCUACAGGGCGGGGCAGUUUAGCGUUUCCGUAUUUGGAGAGGGAGGGCUGGUCACAUUGGGCACCCGGUAUCCAAGCGAUAGGGGUAAAAACGGAGAACUUCGAACCAACGGCAGAGCACGAGCCCAGAGGGACAGCGAGGGAGAUACCUAGAAUAAAAACAAAGCAAACAACUGAACAGAGGAGUCGAGAAGCAGAACCAACAAGGAGAGAGAGAUAAGAGAGGGACAGGCAAAACGCUGAGAGGCACAUGGUGUGAAAAUGCCUACAAACUUCACAGUGGUUCCUGUGAAGGAUGGCAGGAAGUCCCGGGAGGACGAGGAUGUGGAUGACAACAAUGUUUUCAGAGAGGAAGACGAGGAUGCCCCCUUCCCAGGCGAUGGCAUGCCAAAGGAAAGCAGUCCGUUCAUAAACAACACAGACCAUGACAAAGGGAAUCUAUACGAUGGAAAGAACAUGGCCCUCUUUGAGGAAGAGAUGGACAGCAACCCCAUGGUGUCUUCUCUGCUCAACAAGCUGGCUAACUACACCAACCUCACCCAGGGGGUCAAAGAGCACGAGGAGGCAGACGACGACGAGGGGUCAGCCAAGACUAAGAAACCAGUCAAGAGUCCUGCGUUGGGCACAUUAAUCGGGGUGUACCUGCCCUGUCUGCAGAACAUCCUGGGGGUCAUCCUGUUCCUGCGCCUCACCUGGAUCGUUGGCACCGCUGGCAUCAUGGAGUCCCUGGCCAUUGUGGUUAUGACCUGUUCCUGUACAAUGCUGACCGCCAUAUCAAUGAGUGCCAUUGCUACAAAUGGUGUGGUUCCAGCUGGAGGCUCCUACUACAUGAUCUCCAGGUCCCUGGGGCCAGAGUUCGGCGGGGCCGUGGGGCUCUGCUUCUACCUGGGGACCACUUUCGCUGGCUCCAUGUACAUCCUCGGUACUAUAGAGAUUCUACUGACCUACAUUGUGCCUAGCGCGGCCAUCUUCAAGGCAGAGAAGAAGGAGGAUGAGGCUGAGGCACUGCUCAACAACAUGCGGGUGUACGGCACCUGCUGCCUCACCCUCAUGUCCCUGGUGGUGUUCGUGGGUGUCAAGUACGUCAACAAGCUGGCCUUGGUCUUCCUGGCCUGUGUCAUUCUCUCCAUUCUGGCCAUCUACGCCGGAGUCAUCAAGACCGCCUUUGAACCGCCAGACUUCCCCAUUUGCCUGUUGGGGAACCGCACGCUGCAGAACCACAACUUCGACCAGUGCUUGAAGACGAUGGAGGUGGACAACGUGACGGUCACCACCAAGCUGUGGUCCCUGUUCUGUGACUCUCCAGACCUCAACGCCACCUGCAACGAGUACUUCACGCUAAACAACGUCACUGUGAUCCAGGGCAUCCCUGGCCUGACCAGCGGUGUCAUCAGAGAUAACAUCUGGGGGGACUACGGUCCUAACGGCAUGCUGGUAGAGAAUAAGCACCAGGCAUCAGAGCCGGCUGCAGACACAUCCCAGGACAUCUACAUGCCAUAUGUGGCCAACGACAUCACCACCUUCUUCACCCUGCUGGUGGGGAUCUACUUCCCCUCCGUCACUGGAAUCAUGGCUGGAUCCAACAGGUCUGGUGAUCUGAGGGACGCUCAGAAGUCCAUCCCCAUAGGAACCAUCAUGGCCAUCGCCACCACCACCUUCAUCUACAUUUCCUCUGUCAUACUGUUUGGCGCCUGCAUUGAGGGUGUGGUGCUCAGAGACAAGUUUGGGGACUCGGUCAAAGGGAACCUGGUGAUUGGCAUCCUUGCUUGGCCUUCCCCCUGGGUGAUUGUGAUUGGCUCGUUCUUCUCCUGCUGUGGAGCAGGUCUACAGAGUCUCACUGGAGCCCCCCGGCUGCUGCAGGCCAUCGCACGAGACGGCAUUGUGCCAUUCCUACAGGUGUUUGGUCAUGGCAAAGCUAAUGGAGAGCCCACCUGGGCCCUGCUGUUGACUGGUGGGAUCUGUGAGAUCGGCAUCCUCAUUGCCUCUCUGGACGCUGUCGCCCCCAUCCUCUCCAUGUUCUUUUUGAUGUGCUACCUGUUUGUCAACCUGGCCUGUGCCCUCCAGACACUGCUGCGCACCCCUAACUGGAGACCCCGCUUCAAGUUCUACCACUGGGCUCUGUCUUUCCUGGGCGCCAGUCUGUGUCUCUCCCUGAUGUUCAUCUCCUCCUGGUACUAUGCCCUGGUGGCCAUGCUGAUCGCUGGCUGCAUCUACAAGUACAUUGAAUACAGAGGGGCGGAGAAGGAGUGGGGUGAUGGUAUAAAUGGUCUGUCUCUCAAUGCCGCCCGCUACGCCCUCAUUCGCCUGGAGGAGGCGCCGCCCCACACUAAGAACUGGAGGCCCCAGAUGCUGCUGCUAUUGAACCUGGAUUCUGACCACGCCGUGAAACACCCACGCCUGCUCUCCUUCUGCACCCAGCUCAAAGCAGGCAAAGGCCUGACUAUCGUGGGCUCCGUGCUGGAGGGCACUUACAUGACCAAGGAGGCCGAGGUCAAGAAGGCCGAGCAGAACAUCAAGUCGUCGAUGACGACAGAGCGUACCAAGGGCUUCUGCCACGUGGUGGCGUCGUCCAACCUGCGUGAUGGUUUCUCCCACCUCAUCCAGACAGCAGGCCUUGGGGGCAUGAAACACAACACGGUCCUCAUGGCCUGGCCCGGCACCUGGAAACAGUCCAACGACCCCGUAUCCUGGAAGAACUUCAUCGAGACUGUGCGUGAGACCACAGCGGCCCAUCAAGCCUUGCUUGUGGCCAAGAACGUGGACAGCUUCCCCACCAACGCGGACCGCCUGGGCCAGGGCACCAUAGACGUGUGGUGGGUUGUCCAUGAUGGAGGACUGCUCAUGUUACUGCCCUUCCUCCUUCGCCAGCACAAGGUGUGGAGGAAGUGUAAGAUGCGUAUAUUCACGGUGGCUAAUAUGGAUGACAACAGUAUUCAGAUGAAGAAGGACCUGCAGAUGUUCCUCUACCACCUUCGUCUGGACGCAGAGGUGGAGGUGGUAGAGAUGCACGACAGCGACAUCUCAGCCUUCACCUAUGAGAAGACCCUGGUGAUGGAGCAGCGCUCUCAGAUGCUGAAACAGAUGCAGCUGUCGCGGACAGAGAGGGAGAGAGAGAUUCAGAGUAUCACUGACUCGUCACGUAGCUCCAUCAGGAGGAAUAACCAAACCGGAGCCACGGGCUCAGAAUCUGGCCCCAGUCGAGAGCUGGAGGACACACAGGAGGACGAGGCCCAGCUGAUCCAUGACAGAAACACGGCGUCUCACGCCGCACUUAACGACAAGGCCGACGCUGGCCCUGACCGGGUCCACAUGACCUGGACCAAGGAUAAGUUCCUCACCGAGCGCAACCGCAACCGCGCCGAGGCCAGCAUGGGUGUGCGCGACAUCUUCAACAUGAAACCAGAGUGGGAGAGUCUGAACCAGUCCAACGUGCGCCGGAUGCACACUGCGGUCAAGCUGAACGAGGUGGUGGUCAACAAGUCACAGGGAGCCCACCUGGUCCUGCUCAACAUGCCGGGACCGCCCAAAAACAGAGGGGGCGACGAGAACUACAUGGAGUUCCUGGAGGUUCUGCUGGAGGGUCUCAACCGGGUCCUCCUGGUCCGUGGGGGCGGACGCGAGGUCAUCACUAUCUACUCUUAAACGCUUGCGGCCACAAAACCUUGGGGUUACUGGAGGAUUGUCAGAGGGGGGGCCAUGUUACUGGACAGAGGGCUUUUUAACCUCGGAAGGGAUGACCAAUCAGGGCAGUGUGAUGUCAUAGCAUCAGCCUGAUUCGUGGAAAGAGCACAUGUAUCCUGGGGCCUAUCUAUCACGUCGACCGACUGGAGGAUAGAGCAUUCUGACACUAACAUUUUAAUCUGACACGUGUUAAUGUUUAUUGUAUGGAUGUUCUUCCUUUUUCCCCCCUUCACUCCCUCUCUAUGUUCAGUAUUCAUGUCUGUUCAUGGUAAUUGUGUAUCAUGAUCAGCAGAGGACCACAGGGUUAAUAUGGACAUGGGCUGUGUCUGAAAUGGCAUCCGAGUCCCUAUAUAGUGGACUAUUUUUGGCCCUUUGGCCCAAUAUCAUUUCGGACACAGCCAUAGUCUCUCUAGUUUGUCCAUCUUUGCCCUCGUUUUGGCUUUGUCCUCAUAUUUCAAGUACGAUUCAGAUUGAGGAGGCACAAAGUCAAUGUGCUGCCUUUUCAGAUCUCCCUUUGCUCAGAAACCAAAUCGACUGAAUCCUGAAAGAGAUGAAUACGGUUCCUGCUCUCACCUAUUAUCUAAAAACUCAAUAGGAAUGUUAUCUAGAAUAAUAUGCUUCUGUGACUCUUUCCAGUAUCCUAGCCCACAGCGGAGCUCUGUUAGAACGGAAGGAGGCAGCAAGUCCAGAAAAAGCAUACUUGUAUUCUGUUCCACAGAUCAGGAUGAUGCUAUGGCUUUUCCAAAGCUCCAUUGUCCCUUGGUUAUUAAAGGUGGGGUCAUAUUUUGAAGGUGUUCUGCCCUACUGGUAUCCUCGUAUACCCCUGAAGCUACUCACAGCGGAGUUCAGUCAACCUCAAUUCUAAUUGAGGAAGUUAGGGGGUCUAACGCAGAAGCGGAUCCACCUUGUUAAUCCAUACUAGGACUAGGGGGAACUAGGUUUAUCCAUGUAUUUAAUUUGUUGUUAAUUGUCGUCUUGUUGUUGAGUGCAGCACAACAUCUGAAAGAGGUCUGUGUAUGGGGUGGGGAGCUUUGGCAAGGAUAGGCCCAAGGAUUUUAAUGUGCAAUAGAUGCUGUUGAUGUGGUGAAUUGCAGACAGGCCUGAGACACAGAAGGUGGUCCACCUUGCCUGGUGGGGUAUCAUUAAUUGACCCUGUUUUAUUGGCUCUGUAGCAUUGGUCAAAGUCCCCGACUUCAGCCAUUGCUUUAAGAAAUAGCCGUAGUAUAUAUCCUAGUAUUUAGCCUGUGUUAACUGUGUUACACCCAAUACACAGCAUAAAGCAUAUUUAUUUAUGUUGGGAUUAUUGGAAAUUGUAUGCAAGGGUGCAGGGAAUGAAAGUAGUUUUUUGUAAAGAGCCUAUGUUCAGGUACAGGAGUGCUGCUUUAAAUUCACGUACCGUUCCACAGCUUCACAAAUCUAGGACAACUGGGGUCAUCAAGGUAUUUCACCUACCAGAGCCCAUUCGAUAUAUACAUCAACAUAUAGGAAAAUCACGAGAUGGUUUGACACUAACACUGAAUCUGAAUUAAUCAUCAACUCAAGAAUUUGUCCACUUCUUUGUGACCCUCAAAUCGGUCAUUGUGUUGCUUGACAGCUAAAACAGAAGGAAAUGUGCUUGUUGGAGUCAUCCUCUGAUGGCCUAGCCACUGUUGACUGUUCCGGUACUGUAGGCUCAUUUUCAGCACGGCGUCGUUAGAGACAUCGACACUCAGCGUUUUGCACAGUCUUCGAUGUACAGUACUGCGCUGAUACGGUAGAUUGCAUUGCAUUGUUUGGCUCUGAUAACAGAAGCAUUUAGGCUGAGAUGUUGUAAUACAGUGAUGCCACCACAUUCAAAUGGCUGUGAUUUGUGAGUAUCACGUCUAUCACCGGACACCAAACCAAGAUUCUGCAGUGGAAUAGAAAAGUCUCAUUAUGAAAUUGCUAUGCCCCAUGUUGUGCUCCGAACCAUCAAUGUUUUCUCUCUCUGAUGAGCACCAUGCAGGGUGGGUAGGUGAGUAGAGUUUGUGAAAACAUGCGGUCUCAUAGGUCAAUCAUAUAGGUGUGUUCUGUAGGUAUCAGUUGAUCAUACUGUUCAAUGUCAGGAUUUGUUCUUAUGUUAUUUGUGUUUUAACUGUACGUGCAUAUUCUCUAGGUUUCAUGUUUUCAACUGACCAUGAUGAAUCAUUUUGACUUUGUAUAGGAAGAAACGUGCCAAAAAGACUGAGGCUGAAAGUAUAUGCUUGUCAAUGUCAGCCACAGUACACGCGCCAACUGUCGCCCGUGCUUGGAGGGUGGGGGGAAAAGCAAGAUCACUUUCAAAUUGUAAAUACAAUAUACGUUAUUAUAACCAGUUAAUGCUUUUGAUUUGGAGACGCACAGAGGUCAACACAUUUGAACUCAAAUUCUUACCUAGCAGACCAUUUUGAUGAGCAACACUGAGUUUGUGGAUACAAAAUGAGUUCCUUUUAGGCUACAUAUCAACAGUGGAAGGAAUGGCAUCUGUGAUUUCUAGGGCAUGUGAAGCCCAGUUUUAUAGGAAGUAGGAAGUCACCAGAUAUAAGAAACUAUUGGGGCAAAGAAAGGAAGGAAUCACUCAUCAAACUCUUCUGUAUUUACAUCCACAGUUUAUUUUGAAACCUUUUCGUAGCUGUGCAGUAUUUUAUAACCAGAACAUUGUAUUUUUCUACAGUAUGUCAUGAAAACAACCUGUCUUUUGUUGUAGCGUCGACCAUCAGACAAUGUUUUUAUGUUUCCGGUGUGUUUUUGUUUUGUUUUUCCGACAUACACCUGUGUAACUUGUAGUCAUAGUGUCUGUUUGCACUUAACUGUUAUGUUAUACUUGAUUUUCUGAUAACACUCUUUAAGUGUUACUUUUCAGGACUGGAGUAUUUUGAUUUUAUGGAGUUGUGGGAUGGAUGGGGGGGGGGGGGGGGAGGUAUAUAUUCAAAGUUGUUUGCAGAUCUGUUUUGUUUGUGUUUUUCUCAAACACAUUGGAAACACAGACUUUGGCAGAGAUUUCACCGAAAGGAUUUUUGAGGAGCCAGUUGGAGGAUGGGUUAUGUUACUGAUUUUAAGUUAAUUGAAAAUGUAUUUUUAUUUUAGGUUUUUAGCCACCAAAGAUACAAUCUUUGAGUCUGUGAUAUGAAACGUCACAUUGUUAAUAGUGUAAGAAAUAAAGUUGAACUAAAAACAGCACAGCUUGCUUACUUGAGCUGAAUAGCAGCAAAAGAGAUGACUUCAAACCUUUUUCGAGGACACAAAACUAAGACUUCUGGGUGACAGUAUAGCAAGCAGUAUAUGUUCCAUUUACCUGGUUAAAGUGACGAGAGAAUGUAAUCUACCUCAAGGGGGCCAUGGAGGCUUCAUCGAAGGAGAAGCAACCUGACGAAUCGCUUUCUCUUUUCUCUGUACAUAGUUACAAUCUUUUAUAUGAAGCGAUUAUUAGCGAUUGGGGAGUGAGCCUCCAUUCUGAGGGAGAACCAGCAUGUGUGUGUGUGUGUGCACACCUCACAUAUUGUACUCUAGUAGGAGUUACUUUUGGGAGCAUGCGUAGCGAAGGGUAGCCCUUUAAAUUAUAUCUGUGCCUCUGAGUAAUGAAUAAAUAAAAGUGCUGAAAUAUGUCUGAA